UUGACAAAAACAAACGGCGACGGCGCUACCGCGGGGUCUAUGGCCGAGGCGGUGAGGCCUCCGCGCCGGGCUAAGGCCAAGGCCAGCCGGACUAAAACCAAGGAAAAGAAGAAAUCUGAAACCCUUCAGAGGGAAGAAUCCGAUGAAGUCUCCCUUCCAAAAACCUCCAGAGAGCUGGAAAUCCCUACUCCAGCUUGUGGAUUCAAAGGAGACUGUCUGAAGGUGUUAACUGAUUCCCAGCUCCAGAAUGCUGCCAGUAGACAAAACGAGAGUGAAAUGUUUGAUGUACCACUCACCUCCUUAACUAUAAGCAAUGAAGGGUCCCUGACAUGGAACACAGAGACCCUAAAGGAAGGGGAGGAGGUCAGAGCCUGUGUUGGGGAUGAUGCACUGAAGCUGAAGGUUGACCCUGGAGACAAUGUCGGAACCAAAGUAGACACCCCCAAGAACUUUACAGAAGUAGAGGAAAAUAAGUUGGUACAGUGUGCACCUUCUGAAAGCACCUUGCAAUCUAAUUUUUUUUAUACUCAGCAGGAAACGGAAAAUUUACAGGUCAGAGAAACUCAGAAAAAGAAAGACAAGCAAGCCUUGGGUUUUUCUUCAGAGGUGCUACAAAAUGUUGGCUUGCAGAGUUCUUGUGAAGCCAAAGACAUUUUUCAGCCACCUAGAGUGAAAAAACUGUAUCCUCAGUUGCCAGCCGAAAUUGCUAGAGAAGCAUCAGCUUUGGUGGCAGCGAAACCCUUGUUUCGUAAUGAGCGACUCUACCCAGAGCUCCCAUCUCAACCAGAACUAGUACCAUUUACUAAAGAACAGCUAAAAAUCUUUGAGCCUGGUUCAUGGCUGGAAAAUGUUGAGUCGUAUUUAGAAGAAUUCGACAGCAUGGCUCAUCAGGACAGGCAUGAAUUCUAUGAGUUGCUUUUGAACUACUCACGAUGUAGGAAGCAGCUACUGCUGGCUGAAGCUGAGCUACUUGCCCUGACGUCUGAUUGCCAAAAUGCGAAAAGUCGACUGUGGCACUUUAAGGACGAACAGUUGUCUGUGCAGGGUAUCUGUGCAGAUCAAGUGAAAGUUUCAGGCUAUCAUCGCUACCAGAGAGUAGAGAUGAAUGAAAAUGCACUGGGGGAGCUAAAGAAGCUAUUUGAUGCCAAAUCUGAGCACCUCCACCAGACCCUCGCUCUGCAUUCAUACACCUCUGUGCUCUCAAAGUUGCAAGUGGAGUCUUACAUUUAUGCCUUACUCAAUGGUUCAGCUCUUCUGAGAUCUUUAGCAAUUCAAGGCCGAGCUUGUAAACAGACAGAAAGCUUUCCCUCUGACCUGUGUCAACUAAAGGAGUGCAUCAGUGUCUUAUUCAUGUUCACCAGAAGGGUUAAUGAAGAUACACAGUUCCAUGACGAUAUUCUUCUCUGGCUGCAGAAAUUGGUGUCAGUGUUACAAAGAGUUGGCUGUCCUGGUGAUCACUUCUUCCUUUUAAACCAUAUUCUUCGAUGCCCAGCUGGUGUUAGUAAAUGGGCUGUUCCUUUCAUCCAGAUCAAAGUGUUGAAUAAUCCAUCAGGGGUCUUUCAUUUUAUGCAGUCCCUUGCUCUGCUAAUGUCUCCUGUCAAAAAUCGAGCGGAGUUCCUGUGCCACAUGAAGCCUAGUGAGCAGAAGCCAUCCUCCUCGGGGCCUGCAUCCGGGACGUGGACGCUGGUAGAUGAAGGAGGAGAAGAGGACGAAGACCCCGAGACCAGUUGGCUUCUCCUUAAUGAAGAUGACUUGGUUGUCCUUUUAUCCCAGUUUCCGUUCCAUGAACUCUUUCAACAUCUUCUUGGGUUUAAAGCAAAAGAUGAUUAUUCACCUGAAACAACAAGACCUCAAGAGAUGAUGAAAAUUUUUGCCUUUGCUAACUCACUAGUGGAGCUUCUGGCUGUGGGGUUAGAAACCUUUAAUAGGGCACGCUACAGGCAGUUUGUGAAGCGAGUUGGUUAUAUGAUCAGGAUGACCCUUGGUUAUGUGAGCGACCACUGGGCACAGUUUGUGAGCCACAACCGAGGCUUGGGUUUGGCCCAGCAGCCCUACUCCGUGGAGAAACUACAGGUUGAAUUUGAUGAGCUGUUUUUGAGAGCUGUCCUACAUGUGCUGAAAGCCAAAAGACUUGGCAUUUGGCUGUUUAUGUCGGAAAUGCCCUUUGGGACGCUGUCCGUCCAGAUGCUCUGGAAGCUCUUCUACCUCAUGCACCAGGUGGAGAGUGGGAAUCUGGAGAAGCUGUGUGUCACUCUCCCGCCUGCUGAGUGCAAGAAGCAUCUCCAAGACCCAGAACACUUUGUGAACUUUGAGAAGUGUCUGUCUUCCAUGAAUAGCUCGGAAGAGAUUUGCCUUCUGACUACAUUUGCUCAGAUGGCUCAGGCCAGAAGAACCAAUGUGGAUGAAGACUUCAUAAAAAUUAUUGUUCUGGAGAUAUAUGAGGUAUCUUAUGUCACCCUGUCUACCAGAGAGACUUUUUCAAAGGUUGGUCGAGAACUCUUAGGGGCCAUCACAGCUGUUCACCCUGAGAUAAUUUCUAUCAUUUUGGAUCGAGUUCAAGACACCAUUGACCAGGUGGGAAUGGUUUCUUUAUACUUGUUUAAAGAACUGCCUUUGUAUCUCUGGCGACCGUCUGCCUCUGAGAGAGCUGUGAUUCGGGAUUGGUUAUUGAAUUAUAACCUGGCAAUGGUGAAGAAUAAAUUGGCCUGUGUUAUUCUAGAAGGACUCAAUUGGGGAUUUGGUGAACAGGGUACCCUUCAUCUGGAUCAAGCAGUCCAUGCUGAAGUGGCUUUAAUGAUUCUUGAAGCGUACCAGAAAUUCCUUGCACAGAAGCCGUAUGCCGGGCUUCUUUCUGAAAGUAUGAAGCAGGUUUCAUAUUUGGCCAGUAUUGUUCGAUAUGGAGAGACACCUGAGACCUCAUUUAAUCAGUGGGCCUGGAACUUGAUCUUGAGGUUAAAACUGCACAAAAAUGAUUCUGGAAUACAGCAGAAUUGUCCAACUGUUCCCUUCUCCAGCACUGUGCCUGACAUGACAGAGUCACCCACGUUUCAUCCUCUCUUGAAGGCUGUUAAGGCGGGCAUGCCCAUCGGCUGUUAUCUGGCUUUAGCUAUGACCACCGUGGGCCACAGCAUUGAGAAGUUCUGUGCCGAAGGCAUCUCACUGUUAGGAAUUCUGGUCCAGUCGAGGCAUUUGAGAACAGUGGUUCAUGUCUUGGAUAAGAUCCUGCCUUUGUUCUACCCUUGCCAGUAUUACCUUCUGAAGAACGAGCAAUUUCUGUCACACCUCCUCCUGUUCCUACACCUGGACAGUGGUGUCCCUCAGGGUGUCACACAGCAGGUCACCCACAAGGUGGCACAGCACCUGACAGGAGCCAGCCAUGGGGACAACGUGAAGCUUCUCAACAGCAUGAUCCAGGCGCACAUAUCCAGAAGCACCCAGCCCAAUGAAGUGGGCCCUGUUGCCGUGUUGGAGUUCUGGGUUCAGGCUCUGAUAAGCCAGCAUCUUUGGUACCGAGAACAAGCUGUCCUCUUCCUCCUGGACCAGUUGUGUAAAACAGCUUUUCAGCUGAUGCAGGAAGACUGUGUGCAGAAAUUACUUUACCAGCAACAUAAGAAUGCUCUGGGUUACCACUGUGAUCGGAGUCUGCUCUCUUCUUUGGUGAGCUGGAUCGUGGCUGGCAACAUCACUCCUUCCUUUGUGGAGGGCCUGGCCAUGCCCACUCAGGUCUGGUUCGCCUGGACAGUACUGAACGUGGAAUCCAUCUUUGAAGAAGACUCCCAGCUCCGUCGAGUUGUUGAAGGGGAAUUGGUGAUAAACUCUGCUUUUACCCCUGACCAAGCUCUGAAGAAAGCCCAGGCCCAGCUGAAGCUCCCCAUCGUCCCAUCCCUGCAGAGGCUGCUGAUUUAUCGUUGGGCCCACCAGGCCCUUGUCACACCUUCUGAUCACCCUCUUCUGCCUCUCAUUUGGCAGAAGUUCUUCCUCCUGUAUCUUCACCGCCCAGGACCACAAUAUGGGUUACCCAUAGAUGGUUGUAUUGGAAGAAGGUUUUUUCAAAGCCCUGCUCAUAUCAGUUUGUUGAAAGAAAUGAAGAGGCGCCUGACGGAGGUGGCUGACUUCCACCAUGCUGCGAGCAAGGCCCUCCGCGUUCCAGCAGAGGGCAGUGAAGGGCCGCCUGCCAGCCAGGCUGGCACCCCCGGCUACCUGACUUCACCAGAGCUGCACACGGAGCUCGUGAGGCUCUUCAAUGUGUAUAUAUUAUGGCUGGAAGAUGAGACUUUUCAGAAAGGAGAUACCUAUAUCCCUUCUCUACCAAAGCAUUACGAUAUUCACAGGCUAGCAAAAGUGAUGCAGAAUCAGCAGGAUCUAUGGAUGGAGUAUUUGAACAUGGAGCGCAUACAUUAUGAGUUCCAGGAAACCAUUAGUCUGUGGACGCAGGCCACACUGGAAUCCCAUUCUCCGCCCUGCAGCUUGUCGGUGCAGCUGGAUGUCACUGAUCCUUUGUUGGCUAAAGAAAGGGUUUUAAGUAACUUGCGGAAGCAUGAGGCUCCCCAGCCUCCCCUUGACCUGCACCCAGUGAGGCCUCCUGUGCCAGUCAUUUCCUCAGCCGUCCUCCUGAGUCAGAAGGACUCCACCCAGCUGGUGCGCACGGACCUGAAUCUGUUGCAGCAGCAGGCCAGAACUGCAGCUCUUCGAGAAUCCCAGCAGGUUGCCCUGGAGAGUGAGCUGUUGGACACAAUGCCCAAACAGUACGUGAAUAGGGAAGAACAGACCACACUGCAUUUGGAGUGUAGAGGCAGUAGCGGUAAGAAAUGCCAAGGACCAGCUGUUGUCACAGUUCAGUUUGAAGGUAUGCAUAAAAAUGAAGCAAUAAGCCAGCAGCUUCAUGUUUUACAAAAAGAGGUGAAGCAGUUGCAAGCCGAAGCUGCUAAACCACCAUCACUUAAUACUGUGGAAGCUGCGGUCCAUGCAGAAAACUUGAUUACGGCCUUAGUGAAUGCCUACAAGUUGCAGCCUACCCCUGGGGUUCAGAAGGUUGGCAUUAGCCUCUUCUUUACUGUUGUGGAUUAUGUCAGUGAUGAAACUCAGCGUCAUCCUCCCACAAGGCAAUUCUUUACAUCAUGUAUUGAGAUCUUGGGACAGGUGUUUAUCAGCGGCACUAAGUCUGAAUGCAGGAAAGUACUGGAGACCAUUCUGAAGAAUAGAAGGCUCUGCUCUCUGCUGUCUCCUUUCUUCACUCCCAAUGCUGCACCCACGGAAUUCAUUCAGCUCUAUGAGAAAGUGGUGAAGUUUCUAAGUGAGGACAACAGUGAUAUGAUUUUCAUGCUGCUGACCAAGUUCAAUCUUAAGCAAUGGUUAAACACCACUAAACCUCCUCUGUCUGAUCGUACCAGGCUUCUGGAGUCCAUUCAUUUGGCACUUACUGCCUGGGGCCUUGAACCAGAUGAAGAUAUUUUGAUGCCAUUUAAUCUUUUCUGUAAGCACUGGACUUACCUUCUUCUCUACCAGUUCCCUGACCAGUACAGUGACAUUCUCAGGCUGCUGAUGCAAAGCUCCGCCGAGCAGCUGCUGAGCCCCGAGUGUUGGAAAGCCACUCUGAGAGCCCUGGGCUGCUGUGCUCCAAACUGCCAGCAGGGGGCAGCUUCUGCAGAGAGCUCGGUGCUUCAGAGCUCUCCGGAUGUUCUCUUGUCUGACAAGCAGGUAGUGGAGACUAUACAGUGGCUUUCAAACUUUUUUUAUAAGCUUCGGUUAUCCACAUUGGACUUUAAAAGCUUUGGUUUAUUCUCAAAAUGGAGUCCUUACAUGGCUGAUACGAAGACAUUCUUGGGCUAUCUUGUAAAACGGCUGCUUGAUUCAGAAAUGGCCUGCUUGGCUCAAGACCCAUUUCCCAGCAGCAAAACAGUGCUGAGAUCCCUACAUUCAAUAAUCAUCCAGCUCUUUAAGCCAUGGAUCUUGGUUUUAGAGGACCAUGAAAGCAGCCAACGACAUUACCCCUGGCUGGAGAGUGAUGCUAUGGUGGCCUUAAGCAUUGUGCAGUUGUUCACGGACUGUAUUGACUCCUUGCACGAGAGUUUUAAAGAUAAGCUGUUGCCAAGUGAUGAAGGAGCCCUUCGGUUACACCUGAUGCAUUAUUGUGAAGUGUGUACAGCCCCCAGAAUGCCAGAGUUCAUUCUGUACGCCUUCCAUAGUGCCUACCGGAGACUCCCGUGGAGGGACCUGCAUCCUGACCAGAUGCUCAUGGAGGCCUUCUUCAAAGUGGAACGAGGAAGCCCUAAGAGCUGCUUCUUAUUUUUGGGGUCUGUCCUGUGCGAAGUCAACUGGGUCAGUGUGCUCUCUGAUGCCUGGAGCCCCACUCCCCACCCAGAGACCCGGAGCAUGAUUGUCUGCCUCCUUUUUAUGAUGAUUUUAUUGGCAAAGGAAGAUCAGCUGGUAGACCAAGCAGAUUCACCUCUCCUGAACCUCCUUGGACAAACAAGCUCGCUCUCGUGGCAUCUCGUGGAUACCGUGUCCUACCAGAGCGUGCUCAGUUAUUUCAGCAGCCAUUACCAGCCAGCCAUCAUCCUGGCAAAGGAAUCUUCUGCAGAAUUAAUCAUGAAGCUCCUAAGAGUAUCUGCGGGCCUUUCCAUUCCUACUGACAGCCAGAAACAUCUUGAUGCAGUUCCAAAGUGCCGAGCCUUCACUCAUCAGAUGGUUCAGUUCCUCAGUUCCCUGGAACAAAAUGGAAAAAUCACCUUAGCAGUCCUAGAAAAGGAGAUGUCUAAGCUCUUGGAUGAUAUCAUCGUCUUUAACCCACCUGACAUGGACAGCCAAACCCGCCACAUGGCCCUCAGCAGCCUCUUUAUGGAAGUCCUAAUGAUGAUGAACAAUGCGACUAUUCCAACGGCAGAGUUCCUCCGGGGCAGUGUCCGGACCUGGAUUGGACAGAAAGUGCACGGGCUGGUGGUCCUGCCCCUCUUAACAGCAGCCUGUCAGAGCCUGGCUUCUGUCCGCCACAUGGCCGAGACCACGGAAGCCUGCAUCACUGCUUACUUCAAAGAAGGUUCCCUUAAUCAGAAUUUAGGAUGGGGCCCCAUUCUGGUGUCCCUUCAAGUUCCUGAGCUCACCAUAGAAGAAUUUCUGCAGGAGUGCCUGUCCCUCGGCAGUUACCUGACUCUUUAUGUCUACUUGCUUCAGUGUUUAAAUAGCGAACAGACUCUAAGGAAUGAAAUGAAAGUGCUGCUCAUAUUAAGCAAGUGGUUGGAACAGGUGUAUCCAAGCUCCGCGCAGGAAGAGGCCAAGCUGUUUUUGUGGUGGCAUCAAGUCCUGCAGCUGUCCCUGAUUCAAGCGGAGCAGAGUGACUCGGUCUUGAUAGAAUCUGUCGUUCGAAUUCUGCUCAUGCUUCAGAGCCGGCUGAGCCUGCUGGCGGAGGAGAGGCUCAGCUCUGGGAUUCUGGGGGCUAUUGGGCUGGGCCGGAAGUCACCCCUGUCUAACAGGUUCCGAGUGGUUGCUCGAGGCAUGGCCGCCUUCCUUUCAGUUCAGGUUCCUUCCGAGGAUCAGAUCCGUUUGAAGCCUGGCACGGAAUUACAUCUGACCCCAAAAGCUCAGCAGGCUCUGACUGCUCUUGAAUCCUUGACAUCAAGUAAGCAGUAUGUUGAAUACCAGGAUCAGGUAUCACAAGCUGCACAAUUUAUAAAGCAUCCUGGCCGUUGCCUCCAAGAUGGGAAAAGCUUCCUGGCUCUUCUUGUUAACUGUCUCUAUCCAGAAGUGCAUUAUUUGGACAACAUACGAUAGUAACACUGAGUAUCUCAAGAAACCCUGUUGCUGUUUAUGUUUACAUUUACCUUUGCUGUUGCACAAGUAACUUCGCUCAGUCUCACUGCAGAGCUCAGUUUGGCCAAUGAGUUUGUUGACUGCAAUGCAAGU